CCGAACUCAGUGGGGGUAGCUCGUCCUGCGUCAUCUCUGCCGUCUUCCUGUGGGUGCGGAGAAACAAGGAAUGUAAAUCAAUGUCGGAGGAUCAGGAAGCGCAGGAGGAUGAGCUGCUGGCCCUAGCGAGCAUCUACGAUGAGGAAGAGUUCCGCAGGGCCGAAUGCGCUCAGGGGGGCGAGAUCCAGAUCUGCCUCGAGCUGCCUCAGGAUUUCAAAAUAUACGUAAAAGGAGACAAACAAAGUGAAUACAGUGUGUCUUUUUUACCUCCGCUGGUGUUGAACUUUGAACUCCCUCCGGACUACCCUUCGACCUCUCCGCCUUCCUAUACGCUGAGCUCUAAAUGGCUCUCCAGAGCCCAGCUGACGGCUGUGUGCAGGCGCCUGGAUGAGCUGUGGCAGGAGAACCAGGGCUGCGUGGUCCUCUUCUCCUGGAUCCAGUUCCUCAAAGAGGACCUCCUGGGCUUCCUCGGCAUCCAGUCCCCGCUGGAGAUUGUCAGUGAGCGGAAGAGGACCGAGGUGGGCGCGAAGACGGCGGCAGGGGGAAGUGUGCCGGCGGAGAAGGCAAGGAAGAAGCCGCCGGACCUGCGGGCCGUGGUGGAGAUGGACCCCCGCACCGACAUCCUACCUCAGCUCCUGGACUUCGACGAGGCGCAGCAGCAGAGGGUCUUCGACAGCAAGGUGUUCUGCUGCGGCAUCUGCUUCUCGGAGAAGCUGGGAUCCAGCUGCAUGUGCUUUAAGGAGUGCAAGCACGUGUACUGCAAGGCUUGCUUGAGCGAGUACUUCCAGAUACAGAUACGUGACGGCAACGUCCAGUGCCUUAACUGCCCGGAGCCCAAGUGCCCCUCCGUGGCCACACCCUCACAGGUCAAGCUUCUGGUCGAUGAGGAGCUGUUCGCCCGCUAUGACCGCCUGCUGCUUCAGUCCACCCUGGACCUCAUGGCCGACGUGGUGUAUUGCCCGCGGAAGAUGUGCCAAACGGCCGUCAUGGUCGAGCCAGACACAACCAUGGGAAUCUGCCCCUCUUGCCAGUACGCCUUUUGCACCCUCUGCAAACGGGGUUACCAUGGGCUGUCCCACUGCAGAGCCACUGCAGACGAACUGCGGAGCCUGAGGGACGAGUACGUGUCGGCCACCGACGAGGCCAAGAAGUUCCUGGAGCAGCGUUAUGGGAAGAGGGUGAUCCAGAAGGCGGUGGAGGAGUCCUUCAGCCGAGACUGGCUGGACCAGAACUGCAAAGGCUGCCCGCGCUGCGGCACCAACAUACAGAAGGUAGACGGCUGUAACAAGAUGACCUGCACGUCCUGUAAACAGUACUUUUGCUGGCUGUGUCUGAGCCUACUCACACGCGUGAACCCGUACAGCCACUUCAACAACUCCUCAUCCCCCUGUUACAACCAGCUGUUUCAAGGAGUCGAUAUUGACGAGGAUGAGGAUGCCUUCUGGAGUGAUGAAGACGAAGAGUAAGAGGAAUGGCUUGGACCUGAGGGCCUGCUCUUUCUCUCUCCCUGCACCUUAGUUUAUGUGACCGACAGAAUCUGCCCAAUGAUUUGAUUUGGUUUGUGAUCAUGAUUUGUUGUGCUUUACCAAAAAAAAGAAGUUUUUAAAGGCAUCACUUUCUUAUAGUGUCCUUUAACAUGGCUCUGCUUACUGGUUUUAUCAAGCGUUUAGUCUGAAAUGCAACAAAGCAAAACCAUAUCAAAAUAUGAACACACAGUAAGCACACCUUCGUACUUCCCAAAGAAUGAGUUUGAAAGCCUGUAGUACCUGGGGCUCAAGAGUUGUCAUUUCUCCCCCUGCUGCUACAUUGGCCACAAGUUUAACUACAACAGAUGAGAUGUCGAAGGAGGCCUAUCCCAUACUGUCUAAACAGACGUUUGUUUGUUUGUUAGACAGAAUGGCUGCUAUAACUCUACAGAAGAUAUAUCAUAUUUUGUUUAAAAAGGUAGUGUAAGGUUUGGUAAAAUGGGUUUGUGAAACCCCUUUAUUUGAGUAAAAAAUGUUGUAUAUUUUUCCAUUCUCACCUGAAAAAGGAAACGUUCCCUUUUCUCCUUCACUACAGCAAACCACUUUGAAAGGUGCGGAAUUGUCGGCAGUACAACAGAUUCCUGUCUUUUGUUAUUUAAUCUGAAUACUAUGCAUAAUAGUAUCAUCUGUGUUGUUCAUAAGCUGACAUUUAAACGCAGCAUAUAGAGAGUGUAAAUAAAGCUUUGCCAAAUGCUAUGUUUGGUUGCAGUCUCUGAUGGGAUGCUCUGUGGUUAGAUGAGGGUUCAUACAUCUGCCAGUUAAUAAGCUGUGUUGACUACCAGUAAAAAUGUCAGGAAUUCAAUUUAUGUCUUGCCCAAUAAAACAAUAGUUGAACUCAA